UUUCUGUUUUCAGACUGGCUGGUUUGAGUAUUUCAGAAACUGCUGAUUCGAGUUGAAUUUUAACAUACAACAGUCAAAGGCAGACAAAGAAAAGAAAGACAAAGUUAAACCCCUUCCCUUUUCAUAGAACAAAACAUAAGCUAUAUUUAUAUGUGAAAUAAAUCCCUCCCUCCAUACACACACCCCAUUGCACAUCACCAAAAAACCAGGCUUCCUUUCAGACUUGCAUUUUAACCCCAUCUGCUUCAUCUUCACACCUCAACUUCUACGGAAACACCAACGAUGAAGUCUCAGGUCACACUCCUGCUCAUCUGCAUGCUUUUCUCCAAAGCGCUGUCGCUGACUUGUCACCAAAGUGUGCCACACUUAUCUGGAACAUGCACCAAUGAAAAGAUAACCUGUGCAGAUCAGUGUCUCACCGCCACCACUUCUGUGUACAUGCGUGGUGCAAAGAUGUCGGAUGCUAAUAUGAAGGCUUGCGGCAAGGCAGAGACGUGUGUGAGCGAGAGCAUGAACCUGGGAGUGAUGAAAAUGGUCAACAAUGUCAAAUGCUGCCAAACUGAUCUCUGCAAUGCUGAAACGCUGCCAGCUUCUCCGAAGCAGGCUCCCAAUGGGAGAUCGUGUUACAGCUGUGAUGCUAACGGCUGCUCAGUAACAGUGAACUGUGAAGGAAGUGAAGAUCGCUGCAUCAGUGUAUCAGUUAAACAAGGAAGCGACACCAUGUCUAUGAAAGGAUGUGUAUCCAAGAGCCUCUGCACUUCUUCUGGAUCACCAAGCACAUCAGGAAUCGAUAUGUCAAAUGUGAAGUGUUGUGAGGGAAAUCUGUGCAAUUGAGGUGCUGAGAGCUUCCACCACUGAUGGAGCAUCUCACUUAAAGCCUUAUCAUUUAAAGACUUUAUGUCCUGUUAAAUAAUUCAGUCAUGUUUCUCAAUGUUCUAUUGGGAGAGUGUGUGAUGAUGUUGAUGAUGAUGAUGAUGAUGAUGUAAAUGUUUAUGAUCAGAACCUAUCAGGGAAAAAAAAGAUUUAUUUUGUUUGUAAAGCAAUUAAAAAGUCCAGUAAUAAACGGAAUAUUACUCAGG